CGAGAGUUUGUGACACAGCACAGUCUUUGCUGGAAUUGCUUUCGCGCAAACCACCGGGCAACAUCCUGCAAAUCUAAGUUUCUGUGCAGGAUUUGUCAAGCAAAACACCACACCAUGUUGCACGACCACCAAAUAUCACAUCUAGAGCAACUCUCUACUGAGGAACCACAUCCCGUACAAGCGAAUCCAGGCCCCAGUAGAUUGCUUAGCCCCCCAACAGUAAAUCUUUCCGUGCAUUCUGAUUCAACCGUUCUCUUGGAGACAGUCUCGCUGUUAGUAGUCGACCGAUACGGCAGAAAGAUCCAAGCACGAGCUCUACUUGAUUCUGCAGCGAUGUCAAAUUUCAUCACCAAGAAGCUGGCGAACGAGCUCGCCACCCGUCAAAGUCCCGUGGACAUCGCAGUUGCCGGAAUUGGAGAGUCAGUCAAGCGUAUCAAGCACAAGUUAGCUGCCAAGAUCAUAUCCAGGAACAGCGACUUCUCCACCACACUCGAUUUCCUCGUCAUGAAGAAGCCAACCUCCCAUCUUCCCACAUCCCCGAUCGAUACAACUGCCUGGAAAAUGCCAAAGGUUCCAUUGGCGGAUCCUCAGUUCCACGUUCCAGCAACAAUCGACAUAAUCAUCGGUGGAGAAUGUUACCACGAGUUCCACACAGGCGUACGCCACUCUCUUGGUGAUAAUUCUCCGUUUUUGGUGGACACCCUCUUUGGCUGGACAGUUUCUGGCAAAGUGGAUUCCAGCUCCACCACCGCACCGCGAGCGUGCUUCCUCUCCACCGUUGAUCAAACCCGAGAAACGAUCCCUGGGGAGUUCCGGCCAAUGGAAACCGCCGAUGGGAGCCUGAGAACGGAAGCUGAACCCUCCACCACUCAAAUCCACGAAAAAGGAUCCGUCGCCCGCCAUUCCCGGCCCAAUAAUCCUAAAACCACCCUUGGAGAUUCGAACACGAAGGCCACACAACGUAACUCCACCAGAAAUGCACACCACAAAAUCCCUGGAAGUCACGCUCAGCCCGGAAAAAGGCACCGCAUCGAUUCUGUUGACGACAAACCACACUGCUAUCUGCCACAUCACCCGGUGCUCAAGGAAGCCAGCAAAACCACCAAUGAACGCGUGGUAUUCGACGCAUCCUGUGAGCCCAAUUCAAGAUACGCGCUCAACGAUACGCUGCUCGUCGGUUCCGUCGCUCAACACAGUCAGCUGUCCAACACGCCUUCAAGCGCCGCUAAGGUCAACGACAAAGGAGAAGACGCUGCCUGUGAAUCCUGCUGCUACUUUGUCCCUUUAGCCAAGCAGCCGUCAGUUACCUGUCUGGGGUUAUGCGCACCUGUCCUGCCAACGGAAUUCCGCAUACCAAAGCCGCCACGACAUCGUUGGAGAACUAUUGCUGCUAAUCGGUUAACUGCUAUCCAGAAGGAUACUGAUGGGCUCAGUAGGAGACGCGUUCCGGAAGUGCACAUCACAGCUAGUGAACUGUCCAGGUAUCUACAUUCCUCCAACUUCCCCGAAAACCCUGCAUGGCAAUCGUCGUUAUUGGAAAACUGGCCCUGUUCCGCCACCUCACGGCCACUCGAUCGCUCUACAAGACUUCAUCAAGGUCGAGAUGGAGUCAUUCAGUCAGCCAAGCGAGAUUGUCAUCUUAUUCACCGCCAGCAGUCAACAGGUCAACGUGACAACCCCCGACAACUAGUACAAGCUACAAAGACCGGUAGAGCACGCCGAACGUGCUCAACGCGCUUAUAGAGCGCUAAAAGGUGAUUAGCGUUCCUAUAACUUUACUCCAACCGUUCGAUCUACCGGGUCUUUGUUGCUUACAGAUCCAUGUUCUACUAAUUUCACCCAUUUGCGGUAUUUUCAUCGAGAUCAAUCUACAAAGACCGGCAGAGCACGCCGAAUGUGACUCACUGCGCAUGUCGAGCGCUAAUAGGUGAUUAGCGUUCCAAAUUGUCACAUUUUCUUGUUCGAUCUACCGGUUCUUUGUCGAUUACAGAUCCUUUCCUACAUUAUUGCUAUAUCGUCACCGAGCAUUCAUCGCCAUGCACCAAGCCACGUCAGAAGCCGAAUCUUCUAAGACCGGUAGAGCACACCGAACGUUGCUCAACGCGCUAAAGGGGCGCUAACAGAUUCUGCACCAGUGCCUAAGUUGAGACGAAGCAGGUUCCUCGAUGUGCGACGUGCCAGUUGUGCCUUCGAAUCCAGCCGAAGUAGUGAACAGCUGCCUUUCCGACGCAAAGAUGGUUCAUGUCGGGUCCAAUCGUGUCUCUUGGUCCAACCGUGUACCCUGGCCCAACCGUGUCGCAUGGUCCAACCGACUGAGGAGCCCGCAAUCAAUUGGUCCGAAAUUGGUUGAAACAGCAGUUUCAAGGUGGCCGGAAUGAUCGGUACUGUACCGAUCAGGAAAUAGCAUCUAAGUUUUUGUUUGUAAUAUGUGUCUAGUUUUAUGUUCACUUGACACUUUAAUCCAUUUGCUCGCAAACACCACUUUCUGUACACGUACCCUAGCAUUAAUAUGUACUCUCUCGCAACAUAAGAACU